AUUGUCACGUUCAGUAUCUCCAGCUACCAUUAUCAUCCACCAAUUCAACUCUAAUAGGACCAACACCUUAAAGUUUUUGAAGUUAGUAGUCGAUUAUAACUUUGAUCAUGAUUCAAAUGUUCACCUUGAUCUGCAACUUUACUUUCCUGUUGAACCAGUUUUCCUAGUUGGAUCUGUUCAUGGAUUUGUCUGUUUUAAUUACUUUUUCGGUAAUGUUGAUGGUAUUUACAUCCUCAAUCCAACAACAAGAGAAUAUAUCAUCCUUCCUGAGCCACAACGGGUAAGAAAGUGGCCUAAUUUAGUUACUUAUGGCUUUGGUUUCGAUCCUGUUAGGUUCGAGUACAAAGUGGUCAGAAUUUACCAAGAGGAGAUUCGCGAUAAUGAUACUAAUGGUUUUCAUUAUUAUAAGUCUGAAGCACAAUUUUACACAAUUGGGAAAGGGUAUUGGAGAAGUAGUGUAGAACAUGUCAUGUUCUGUUUUGGAUGCAGGGCAUAUGGGGUGAAUCUAUAUGGAAGGAUUCAUUGGUUGGUUUCUGAUGCUAAUGGAAAUGAGUUAAUAUGUUUGUUUUAUUUAGAGAAUGAGUUGUUUGAAUCAUUCCCAACUGCUCCAGGUUACAAUAAGGAAAAUUGUCCAAAUUUACGAAGCUUGGGAGUUUUUGGACGUUGUUUAUGUGUGUGUGAUAAUAAUGCAGAUACUCAUUUUGAGGUAUGGGUGAUGAAAGAAUACGGAGUUACUGAUUCAUGGGCUAAAGAGAUUGUGAUAAACAUAACUCCUGAAUACAACGAUUGGUUGUGCUAUGAAAUGAUUAAUGUGUUGAAAGUUUUUGAAGAUGGAGAGGUGUUGUUCUUGUGGCGCAAUGAUUUCUUAUUCUUGCACCAUCCUGUGAAGAAAACUUUAAAAUCGCUGGAUAUCCGUGAAGGGAACUUGUUGGCAUGUGGGCAUGUAUCAAGUUCUUUAUCUCUCAAGAAUUUCGAAGCAGAAGUUGUGAAUGUCUUCUAGAUUAUUGUCAAAGGUGUGUACUGUACAACUUGAGUAUACUUUUUUUUUGUUACUAUUCUAUGUUGUGAAGGUCUUUUAGAAGCAUGUAUUUUGUACUACUAAAAUAGAGUAUAUUUGAUGGGAAAGUUGUGCAUACAAAUCUGCAAGUAAUAUAUGAUAGUUAAACUAUUUCUUAACAGUUCAGUUUAUUUAUAUGACCGCACUAAAACCAAGUAGCAAAACUGUGUUUUCCUCUGUCUGUUUCUCUGUGUAGGACUGUAAGUAUAUUAGUUAGAAUUUAUUUAAUUGAUAGUUGAAUUAUUAAAUAUAAGUAUCUGUUUUGGGUUUGUGUUAAUAGUUUAUUAAUCAUUCAUUUGUAAGAAAUGAGUGAUGAAGAAAAAUCCCUGAUGCAUCUUCCAUCUCCUAUCUUGUUACAAAUUCCCUCUACAUUACCUCGUACCACACUUUUACACGUCAAAACCCUCUCCAAAUCUUAUCUAAAUCUAACCUUAAAUUCCGAAUUUUUAAUAAUGUCACGUUCAGCAUCUCCAGCAAGCAUCAUCAGCCAAUUCAACUCUUUUUGGAUUAACAGCUUAAAAUUGUUGAGAUUCGUUUGUGUCGAUAAUAACUGUGAUCAUGAUCCACAUGUUGACCUUCAUCUGAGACUUUCCUUUCCAAUAGAUCCAUUUUUCCUCGUUGGAUCGGUUCAUGGUUUUGUUUGUUUUAAUAGCUUUGUCGGUGAUGCUGAUAGUAUCUACAUACUCAAUCCAACAACAAGACAAUAUAUCAUCCUUCCUAAGCCAAGCCACAAGGGGGUAAGAAAUUGGCCUAAUUUGGUUGCUUAUGGCUUUGGCUUCGAUCCUGUUAGGUUACAGUACAAAGUGGUUAGAAUUUAUCGACAGGAGAUUCACGAUGAUUUUCAUAACUACAAGUCUGAAGCUCAAGUUUACACAAUUGGGAAAGGCUAUUGGAGAAGUAUUGACCAUGUCAUUUUCCAUUUUAGAUGCAGCGGAUAUGGGGUCAAUCUAUAUGGAAGGAUUGAUUGGUUGGUUUCUGAUGCUAAUAGAAAGGAGUUAAUAUGUUCGUUUAAUUUGGAGAGUGAGUUGUUUGAAUCAUUCCCAACUGCUCCAGGGUACAAUAAGGAAAAUUGUCCAAAUCUACGAAGUUUGGGGGGUUUUGGUCGUUGUCUAUGUGUUUGUGAUAAUAAUGCAGAUACUCAUUUUGAGGUAUGGGUGAUGAAAGAAUACAGAGUUACUGAUUCAUGGGUGAAACAGAUUGUCAUAACCAUAGCUCCUGAAUACAACGAUUGGUUGUGCGAUGAAAUGAUUAAUCUGGUGAAAGUUUUUGAUGAUGGAGAGGUGUUGUUCUUGUGGAGCGAGGAUUUCUUGUUCUUGCACCAUCCUGUGAAGAAAACUUUGAAAAGGCUUCAUGUUUGUGAUGGGAACUUCCUGGCAUCUGCUCAUGUAUCAAGCUCCUUCUCUCUCAAGGGUUUUCAAGGAGAGGUUGUGAAGGUGUUUUAGAUUAUUGUCAAAGUGCUACUUCACAAUGUUACUGCAUCAAAUGAUAUUAAGUGCUUGCAAGGACUGAAGGACUCAUUUAAGGAUCCUAAUGUAAAUUUCAAUUCUUGGAACUUCUCAAACUACUCCAUGGGGUUUAUCUGCAAGUUUGUUGGUGUCAUUUACUGGAACAACCUCGAGAACCGGAUGAUCAGCCUCUCACUUCCAAACAUGAAUCUCAGUGUACAGCUCCCAGAUGCCUUCAAAUGUUGCUCAUCUUUGGCUACUCUUCAUCUCUCUGGUAACAGGUUCUCCGGUCCCAUUCCUUCAGAGAUUUGUAGUUGGACUGCAUAUUUAGUAAAACUCGACUUGUCAGUUUCUCUGGCUCUAUACCUGCUGAACUUAGAAACUGCACCUACUUGAACAAGUUGAUUCUCAAUAACAACAAACUAUCUGGAAAUAUUCCACCAGAAAUCUCUCAAUUAACAAGGCUCAAGGUGCUCUCCUUGGCUAACAACAAUCUUUCUGGUAACAUACCACCAUUCUCAGGAUUGACUGAUUUUGAGUAUGGAGGAAAUAGACAUCUCUGCGGUGGAACAUUAGCCAAAUGUGGUUGAAGAUGGCAGAAAGUUAGCCGAGUUUUGGCUAAAUGUAUCUGACAUUUCAUAUUUGUAUUGUAUGGUGAAAAUGUCUGCAAUUCCAUGCUUCCAGUUAACAAAUGCAACAUCAACUUCUUUCUGUGUCCAUUCGACAAAGUUUAUGUACACAACACAAAGGAACAGAAAGUGUUGAUACUCGAA